AUGGCAGAGAAGAAAGAGAAAGCAAAAAAUCUUGGUCUAGUAAAAGUAAGAGCAUUAGCCGCUGAAGUUAUUGGCUGCGGAAGAAACAAGGUGUGGAUGGACCCCACUGAGUCAAUAAAGCUCUCAGAGGGUAAGACCAAAGAGCAGGUUUCCCAGAUGGUAGAGGAUGGUUUAAUUGUCAGAAGGCCAGACAUCGGUCAGUCCAGAGGAAGAGUCAGACAGUUCAGAUUAGAAAGAUCCAAGGGAAGACACAGAGGUCUAGGAAGAAGAAGAGGUACAAAGAAUGCCAGAUUCCCACAGAGAAAGAUCUGGAUGCUUAGAAUAAGAGCACUUAGAAAGGAUCUUAAGGAGUUAAGAGCAGAGGGAAGAAUCGACAGGACAAUGUACAGAUCAAUCUACCUAAAAGCAAAGGGAGGAUACUUCAAGAACAGAAGAAUGCUUAAGGAGUACAUCGUCAACGAGGAGCUCAGAAAGAAGAAGGAAGAGAUAGUUAUGGCACAAAUGAAUAUUUCUAAAUAA